ACAGGAUUCCAGAUGAAGGGCGCUGCAUCAACUCCAGUGUUUUCCAGGAGUUUAUUCUGGAGGCGAGUGAAAGUGACUUGGAGGAAGUCCUUACGUUCUACAUGCAGAAGAAUAAGUCUGCCAGCGUGUUUCUGGGCACGAAGUGUGGCAGAGUCGAGAGGAACAGCGCUGAGAACAGAGAGACUGCAGGUAUCAGCAUAGAUGCCUCUGACGGUUUAGACGACGCAGAUGCAAUCAGCAAGACCCAAAACACAGACAGUUCUGCUGCUCAAACGGGAGACCAGGGCCAAAAUAAUGUAACCCAAAGCACAGAAAGCUGUAAUGCAUCUAAACAUGGUAACAAAACCAAAUGCAACUCGCUGCAAAAUGGACACAUCCGGAGCAAAAGCCAAAAUGGGGACUGCACCGUUAUCGAAGCGCCACCCAAUCCUUCGACUGCUGCGGAGACUGAAUCAAGAGCAAGCAAGACUCGCACUUCUGCUGUCAGAACCAGGAGAACUCUGUGGAAAUCAGGCAGCGAUCAGCCGAACGCUGCAGCUCUGGAGUGUGAACACAUCGUCUUACAGCGCUGCCUCCCGCCGCCGCAUCCACUGGCCAACAGCUCGUCUGUGUGUGUCACAUGGGCCUCCGCACGCAACGCAUCUACUGAAGAAACGUCUCGACAGAUCCAUCCUACCUGUACAAACACAUUCAUCCCUAGAGCCGCGCACGCCUCCAUCCAGAGAUCCUCACGGCCGUCCUCUACAGGACACGUCUCAGGGCUGCGUGUGAAGCCGAGUCGGUGUGUGACGUUGAUCCACUCAGCGCUCAGAAGCAGCACCAGCUCCAGUUCGCCAUCCAGCAGCUGCAGCAGCAGAAACUGCGAUCCAGACAGCUGCUUGACCAGAGCCGCACUCGUCACUAGUUGCUUUGCUGAGGAGAUCCUUGCAGAGAUGGAAAGCCAGCAGGCGAAGAGGUGUGAUUGCGGAGCGUGUUAUUGGGCCGCUGUGUUCUGUAUUGGCACAGACUCCACGGCUCCUCUGCUGUCUUGGCCCGUGGCCACCUGGCAGCUUUAG